AUGGGUUUAAUCUUCUGUUGCAUUGGUUUCAUUGUGAAAAAUGAACAAGACAAUUUUCUUCAAGAACCCCUUUUAAACAAUCAUGAUGUUGAUGAUGCUGGCAAUGGUGAUAUUGAGGAGUCUAGCAAGUCUUCUCAAGGGGAUCAAAUAGUGACCCCUUACUCUAAAGCUGGUUUCUUUAGCCUCUUCACUUUCUCUUGGAUAAGCCCUUUAAUUUCCCUAGGUUACAAGAAGAGGUUGGAUCUCGAGGAUGUCCCUCAGCUCGCAUUUUUGGAUACGGCUCGAGGGUCGUUCCCGAUUUUAAAUGCCAAGCUUGAGACUUAUCGUGAGGGGAGCAACCGGGUCACCGCACUCAUGCUGGCCAAGGCGCUGUUUUUCACCACGUGGAGGGAGAUCACAGUGGCGGCCUUCUAUGUGCUCGUGUACACCGUGGCCGCCUACGUGGGCCCGUUCCUGAUCGAAACCUUCGUCCAGUACUUGAAUGGGCGUAAGAGAUUCGAGAAAGAGGGCUACGUUUUGGUUUCUGUGUUUUUCAUAGCCAAGUUGUUCGAGAGUUUGGCACAUAGGCAUUGGUUUUUCAAGGUGCAGCAGGGCGGGUAUAGGGCCCGAGCGGCUUUGGUCUCCAAAAUCUACAACAAGGGCUUGACCCUCUCGAGCCAGUCGAGGCAAGGCCACACGACAGGCGAGAUUAUUAAUUUCAUGUCGGUUGAUGCUGAGAGGAUAGAGGAGUUUGGCUGGUACUUGCACGACCCAUGGAUGUUUGCUCUACAAGUGGCCCUGGCACUUGUGAUACUGUAUAGGGAUGUCGGACUUGCCUCGAUAGCGGCGUUUGUUGCCACUGUUUUGGUGAUGUUGGUUAAUAUGCCUGUGGGGAAGUUAGAGAAGAAGUUUCAAGAAAAUCUCAUGAAAUCCAAAGACGAGAGGAUGAAAGCGACCUCCGAGGUUUUGAGAAACAUGAGAAUUCUCAAGUUCCAGGCUUGGGAGAUGAAGUUCCUCUCCAAGAUUCUUGAUCUUAGGAGCGUCGAGAUGGGUUGGUUGAGAAAGUAUGUAUAUACUUCGGUCAUUGUCACUUUUAUCGCUUGGGGCGCCCCUACAUUUGUGUCAGUUGUGACUUUUGUUGCUUGUAUGCUAAUGGGAAUCCCGCUCGAGUCAGGUAAGAUUUUAUCUGCUUUAGCAACCUUUAGGAUCCUUCAAGAGCCCAUUUACGCUCUUCCUGAUGUGAUAUCGGUAAUGGUUCAAACCAAUGUUUCUCUCGAUCGCAUUGCAACAUUUCUUUCUCUAGACGACCUUCCAUCAGAUGUUGUGGAUAAGAUUCCAUUUGGUAGUUCAGAUACGGCUAUUGAGGUCAUCAACGGAAACUUUUCCUGGCAAGUGGCAUCUCAUGUUCCUACAUUGAGAGAUAUUAAUUUUAGAGUGUCCUGUGGCAUGAGGGUUGCCAUUUGUGGCAUGGUUGGUUCUGGAAAGUCAAGCUUGAUUUCGAGCGUAUUGGGAGAAAUGCCAAAAAUAUCUGGGGUUGUUCGGGUAUCUGGAUCAAAGGCAUAUGUAGCUCAAUCGCCAUGGAUACAGAGUGGAAAGGUUGAGGAAAAUAUAUUGUUUGGUAAAAAGAUGGACAGGCAAAGGUACAAUAGGGUGUUGGAGGCAUGCUCGUUGAAUAAGGACUUGGAAAUUCUUCCAUUUGGGGAUCAAACUGUGAUUGGUGAGAGAGGAAUCAACUUGAGUGGCGGACAGAAACAGAGGAUUCAAAUCGCGCGUGCUCUCUAUCAAGAUGCCGACAUUUAUUUGUUUGAUGAUCCCUUCAGUGCUGUGGAUGCACAUACCGGAACUCAUCUAUUUAAUGAAUGCAUUAUGGGGCUUCUUAGUUCCAAAACUGUAAUAUUUGUCUCUCAUCAAAUUGAGUUCCUGCCCGCCGUAGACCUGAUUCUAGUUAUGAAAGAUGGGAUAAUUAAACAAGCUGGCAAGUACAACGACAUUCUCACAUCCGACAGCAACUUCAUGGAACUAGUUGGGGCCCACAAGGAGGCCCUAUCAGCUCUCGAUUCCAUUAGUGGCAAAGAAGGGUCCUCUGGAGUUUCUAAAUCAAUUCUGCAAAAACAAAAAUCUCAGAGCAAUAAGAACGAUCAAAUAGAGAAUGAUGGGGAAGCAAAGGCCCAACUAGUCCAAGAAGAAGAGAGAGAGAAAGGAAAUUUGGGACUCUCAGUAUACUGGAAAUAUAUCACAACAGCGUACGGAGGAUUGUUGGCGCCAGUAGCAUUGGUACUUCAAAUCGUGUUUCAAGCACUUCAGAUUGGGAGCAAUUAUUGGAUGGCUUGGGCAACACCUGUGUCUAAGGACGUGCCACCUCAUGUCACGAGCUUAACUCUCAUCCUUGUUUAUGCUGCUUUAUCCAUCGGGAGCUCGUUUUGCAUUUUGGCCAGAGCCUUGGCCGUUGUCACUAUUGGCUUCAAGACAGCCAAUAUACUAUUCCGCAAAAUGCACCUGUGCUUAUUUCGUUCCCCCAUGUCUUUCUUUGAUUCCACCCCAAGCGGCCGAAUUCUCAACAGAGCAUCUACAGAUCAAAGCACUGUGGAUUUGAGUGUAGCGUCUAUAAUUGGACAAUUUGCUUUUGCCGUGAUACGGCUUCUGGGAAUUAUUGUUGUAAUGUCGCAGGUCACGUGGCAGGUCGUUAUUAUUUUUAUUCCCGUGAUUGCAAUUUGCAUGUGGUUGCAGCGGUAUUACAUAGCUUCAGCACGUGAACUUGCUCGACUAUGUGGUGUAUCAAAAGCUCCUGUUAUACAGCAUUUCUCAGAGACACUAUCGGGAUCAAGUACAAUAAGGGGUUUCAAUCAGGAGUCCCGAUUUCGUGAUUUGAGCAUGAAACUAAUAGAUGCAUAUUCAAGGCCCAAGUUACACACGGCUGGGGCCAUGGAAUGGCUUUGCCUUCGGCUAGACAUGUUAUCCCUCUUGACAUUCGCCUUCUCAUUAAUUUUGUUGAUCUCUAUACCAGAAGGAACAAUUAAUCCAAGUGUUGCUGGGUUGGCCGUGACGUACGGACUCAGUUUAAACAUGUUGCAAGCAACGGUUGUUCGAAUUCUUUGUUUUAUGGAAAACAAAAUCAUAUCCGUCGAAAGAAUAUUGCAGUAUACUUGUAUUCCAGCCGAGCCGCCUCUAGUUGUAAAUGAAAAUAGGCUAGAGAAUGUCUGGCCACUACACGGACAAGUUGAUAUUCAUGAACUUCAGAGGGCCGGAAUAGUUGGGAGGACAGGAAGUGGCAAGUCGACUCUCAUUCAAACCCUCUUCCGUAUUGUAGAGCCCACAAUCGGGCAAAUACUGAUUGAUGGUGUAGACAUCACGUCCAUCGGGCUUCACGACUUGAGAUCACGAUUGAGCAUAAUCCCUCAAGAUCCAACUAUGUUUGAGGGUACUGUCCGGAGCAAUCUAGACCCUCUUGAAGAGUACUCGGAUGAUCAAAUAUGGGAGGCUCUCGACAAAUGCCAGCUUGGGGAUGAAGUCCGGAAAAAGACCGAGAAGCUCGAUUCUGCCGUUUCUGAAAAUGGAGAGAAUUGGAGUGUGGGCCAAAGACAGCUAGUGUGCCUCGGGCGUGUGCUCCUAAAGAAAAGCAAGGUUUUGGUUCUGGAUGAGGCAACGGCUUCAGUCGACACGGCUACUGAUAAUCUAAUUCAACAGACUCUCAAACGCCACUUUACCGACUCGACAAUAAUAACCAUCGCUCACAGGAUAACCUCCGUGCUCGACAGUGAUAUGGUUUUACUCUUGGACAACGGACUGGUGAAAGAGUAUGAUACUCCCGGAAAGUUGCUCGAAAACAAGUUUUCUUCGUUCACGAAGCUCGUGGCCGAAUACAGCAUGAGGUCGAGCCCGAGUUCUGAGAAUCUUUCAAGUGCCCGUAUGUAA